CAUUUCACUCGUCCUCCAAAAAGCUGAAAAAAUGAAUAUAAAAGGGCAGUCUUUCGCAGUUUUUCAAACGUCGACCGUCAGCUCUCAACACUGCAAUCGACAACUAUUCCUCAAACUACACACAUCUUUUUCUUGUCAUUCGCAAUGUCUGCUUUCAAGAUCACGCUCAUCGCUCUAGCUUCGCUGGUGGUGGUAGUCACGGCUUUUAAUGAGGAUCUUUCGGGAGACAUGAAACUGUCAGAGACGAAACACAGAAGGUAUUACGGGAACAACAACGCUGGCUACAACAGUUACGGAUCUGGUCACGAUGUCGGAUAUGGACAAGUGCUGGGAUAUAGACAAUCACAGGGGUACGGAUACCCACAAGUACAAUCACAGGGGUACGGAUACCCACAAGUACAAUCACAGGGGUACGGAUACCCACAAGUACAAUCCCAUGGAUACGUACAAUCCCAUGGAUACGGACAAUCCCAUGGAUACGGAGGUAAUCCAGGGCAAUCCACCUAUGGCACAGGAUAUGCCCACGGCAGCGUUACGGCAACACACAACAAUAUGGUUAUCCAGGACAAUCCAGCUAUGGAUCAGGAUAUGGUCACAACAGCGGAUACGGCAAUCAAUAUGGAAAUAGCUAUCAAAGUGGAUACAGCAACCAAUACUAUCGAAAUGAUUAUGUUGAUGAUUAUGUUCAUAGGGGCUUAUUUUAGAUUAACAUUAAUCGUAAUAGUAAAUUAUUUUCGCAAAAAAAUCUCAAAAGAAAUAAACUGAUCCACCUUUGAAAA